GUGUCUUCUCUGAGUUGCCGUAGGGCAGGAAACAGUUGGCAGACUUCCUCUUUUGAGCUCACAUGUUGAAGAUUGACAGAAAUGAAAGAGUAGUUGUUGCUGCAGGACGUGCUGUGUUGUGUAUCAUACUGUUCAUUGAUUUAUUAAGUGUUUACAGUUAGGCGCUUGGUUACACUGGGAAUACUGGAACACUUCAACCAGCUGCUGAAUCCACUUAAAGAAAGGAAGUUUUACAAGAACAGAGACUCAAAGUGAGUGUAACUUUCAGGGAACAGGGAGUGGCUGAGCUGUCUGCCUGCUGUGUUUUCAGUUUCACUCAGAGACUAAAUGGCUUCAAGAUUAGAGGAAGAUCUCUGCUGUCCUGUCUGCCAUGAAGUCUUUAAAUAUCCUGUCAUCCUGUCAUGUACCCACAGCUUCUGUAGAGACUGUCUGCAGAGGUACUGGAGACAGAAACAAGAACGUGAGUGUCCUGUUUGUAGGAAAAUAUCUUCAAAGUCAAAACCACCUUUAAACCGGGUGUUAAAGAACCUGUGUGAGAGUUUCUUACAGGAGAGAGAUCAGAGAGCUUCAGAGGUUCGCUGCAGUCUGCACUCUGAGAAACUCAAACUCUUCUGUCUGGACCAUCAGCAGCCGGUGUGUCUCGUCUGCAGAGAUUCAGAAACACACUCCAACCACAGAUUCAGACCCAUCGAUGAAGCUGCAAAACAAUGCAAGAAGGAACUUCAGGAAACUCUGGAGCCUGUAAAGAAGAAGUUAAAGGUUUUCAAACAAGUUAAAGUGAAUUGUAAUCAAACAGCUGAACACUUGAAGGCUCAGGCCCGAUGCACAAAGAGCCAGAUUAAGAAGCAGUUUAAGAAGCUUCACCAGUUUCUAGAUGAGGAAGAGGAGGCCAGGGUGGCUGCACUGAGGGAGGAAGAGAAGCAGAAGAGUAAGAGGAUGAAGGAGAAGAUGGAGGCUCUGAGCAGAGAGAUAGCAGCUCUUUCAGACACAGUCAGAGCCACAGAGGAGCAGCUGAGAGCUGAAGACGUCUCAUUCCUGAUCAACUACAAGGCUGCAGUGGAAAGAGUCCAGCAGCGCCCCCUGCUGGAUGAUCCACAGCUGCUCUCAGGAGCUCUGAUAGACGAGGCCAAACACCUGGGCAACCUGAGCUUCAACAUCUGGAACAAGAUGAAGGAGAUGGUCUCCUACACUCCUGUGAUUCUGGAUCCAAACACUGCUCAUCCAUCCCUGACCCUGUCUAAAGAUCUGACCAGAGUGAGGGUAGGAGGAGAAUAUUCACAGCUUCCUGAUAAUCCAGAGAGGUUUGAUUCUCACCUCUCCGUCCUGGGCUCUGAGGGCUUUACCUCAGGGACCCACAGCUGGGAGGUCAAGGUUGGAGACAGUAAAUACUGGGAUCUUGGUGUGUUAGCAGGGUCUGUCCAGAGGAAGGGAGACAUACGGUUAGGAUUAUGGACAAUAAUGUUCUAUAAAGGUAAAUACAAAAUGCUGUCAUCAUCAGAUCCAGACAUUGAUCUACCAUUUAGGAAGAAGCUCCGGAGGGUCAGAGUCACUCUGGACUGGAACAUAGGAAAGCUGUCGUUCUCUGAUCCUGUUACGAACACACGCAUACACACCUUCACACACACUUUCACUGAGAAGAUGUUUCCAUACAUAAGAAGUGAGGAUGAACCGAAGGUUUUACCAGCGAAGGUUGUUGUGACUGUAGAACAAAAGACAUAGAUGCAGAUAAACAUCUCUUUUUCCUCCCUGAGUCUUUGGGGAACAUGUCACCAUGUUGUCCUGAUGAUGAUGCUGGUUGGUAUUGUUUUGAGGAUAAUGUUUACACUAUUACAACAAAUAAUAUGUCAAAGACAUUAAGAUUUUAAAACAACAGACAAGCAGACUUUGACAUGUAGGUUUUCCAGGAUCUUAAUCGAGAAACCAGGUUUUCUGAGAACAUCCUGGACCAGGUCUGUUGAACUUCAGUCCAUGUUCCAGAUUUGGGUUUUAUUCAGUACCAUGAUCCAGAUACAGUUGGUGAACUUGGAAAAGAAACCAGGUUUACAGCUGCGUUUACACAACUUAUGUAACAUCAUCCGAAUGAAUCACUCUUGUUUCUGUAUUACUUAUUAAAGGUGUUCUAGGCCAGUGGUUCUCAAA